AUGCGCUCAAGAAAUAGUUCAUUGAUUCGCACAGAUAGCGAGAAAUAUGAAGAAUUAGCUAAUAUUGGCUUAAGAUCAUCGCCAAAUGAUUUUGAUGAAGAGGAAGAGCAAUCAGAGUUAGAAGAAUCUAUCCAACUUGUCAGAGAAGCAAAGAAAUACGUUACACUGUAUAUAAUGGAGAAGAGGAAAGUUGCUGCUCUUGAACAAGAGCUUGAAUCGGUUUAUCAAAAAUUAACGAAUAAUGCCAAAGAAGUGAUAACACUACAAAACGAAUGCGAUAAUAUCGCAAAAAGAUACGAAGAUAAUAUACAACAGAUGGCAAAGAAUCAAAGAAUUACAAUUGAGCGAAAUUCGAAUCUUGAAAUCGAAGUUCGAAGGCUCAAAGACCAUAUAAGCAGUAUUGAAGAACAGCAAUAUGAAGAAGAAGGCGAGAAUGAUGAUAUGAAUCAUCUUAGAGAUCAAAUUACAUCGCUAAUCAAAGAGAAGAUGGAAUUACAAGAGCAACUUGAUGAUUCUUUCGAAAAGCAAAAGGAAACUGAAGAUAGCUUAAGUAGUCAGGCUCAGAUUCUUAAAAAACAUUUUGAAGAAGCCCUCGCACAGAAUAAGGAAUUAGCUCUCAAAAAUCAGCAGCAAGCUAGCCAAAUUCAGUUGUUUGGAACGCAAGUGAGGAUUGCCCAAACACAAAUUGAGCAAGAUAAGUCAGAAAAAGAUCAAUUAAACGCAAGAAAUGCUCAGCUUCUUCAAGAAAUUGCUAGACUAAAACAAUCUAGUCCUAAAAAUGAUGGGGCUACAAACAGUAAUGAUUUGAGUUCUAAAAUAAUCGAAUUAUCCACAAAGAACGUCUCAUUACAAAACGAAAAUGCUCAACUUCAGGCAAAAAUUACAGAACUUCAAGAUCAAAUUGAAGAAAAGGACUUUGGAUACGAAGAAGAUUAUGAAUCACGUAUUGAAACUCUGGAGAAAGUUAUUGAAAACAUGAGAGAUAAAUUAAAUUAUCUAGAGAACUUAAAUAAGAACUCUCCUAAGAAUGGAAAUCAAUCUGUUGAUCAAGAGCGCCUUAAACAACUUGAAGCCGAACAUCAAUUUUGCAAUAAAGAAAUUCUUGAAAGUAAACAGAAAACAAUUGAUAAUUUAACACAACAAAAUGAGCAACUUCAAGCCGAACUUGAAGCUGAGAAGCAGAAGAACUACGAUUUAACUGUCGAAAUAGGCGAACUCAAAAAACGCCCAGAUGCUAUGAAAAGUAUAGUUAAAAUGUAUACAGAGAAGUAUCAACAAGCAGAGAAGGCGCGGUCUGCACUUCAAAAACAAUUAGAUGAGAUGAUGAAGCAUUAA